AUGUCUUCUGACUCUACUACUCCACCUCAACCUCUUCAGUCGCCAAAAUCGCCAAUCACCCCAUCCUACCCUUUUCAUAGGGAGGGAAGUCGACUCUGGGAGAGGAAUCAUCUUCUUUUAGGAGAGCUGCCCAGCCCACUUCCAACUAAAAGAACCCGAACAUAUUCUGCCACUGCCCGGGCUUCUGCAGGACCUAUUUACAAAGGUGUCUGCAAGCAAUUUUCACGGUCCCAGGGACAUGGGUUCAUCACUCCUGAGAAUGGAACGGAAGAUAUAUUUGUGCACAUUUCUGACAUUGAGGGAGAAUAUGUGCCUGUGGAAGGAGAUGAGGUAACAUACAAGAUGUGCCCAAUUCCACCCAAGAACCAGAAAUUUCAAGCUGUGGAAGUCAUUCUCACUCACCUGUCUCCUCACACAAAGCAUGAGACAUGGUCAGGACAGAUUAUCAGCUCCUAA